AUGCCCGACCAUUUAGGAGAUGAUAUGAGAAAAGUGAAAGAUGACAAAGAAGAACCAGAAAAGGAAAUAAAAUCUCUCGAUGAGGGGGAUAUUGCACUCUUAAAAUCAUAUGGACAAGGCCAAUACACGAAGAUAAUCAAGGAAGUUGAAGAUGGCAUACAAACAGUUAUGAAGAGAGUCAAUGAACUCACAGGUAUUAAGGAAUCAGAUACAGGACUGGCUCCUCCAGCAUUGUGGGAUCUUGCUGCCGAUAAACAGACGUUACAAAAUGAACAACCAUUACAAGUGGCAAGAUGUACUAAGAUAAUUAAUGCAGAUUCAAAUGACCCAAAGUACAUUAUAAAUGUAAAACAGUUUGCAAAGUUUGUUGUCGACUUGGCUGAUUCUGUAGCACCUACGGAUAUUGAAGAGGGCAUGCGAGUGGGAGUCGAUCGUAAUAAAUAUCAAAUUCAUAUACCAUUACCGCCAAAGAUUGAUCCUACGGUUACCAUGAUGCAAGUGGAGGAAAAACCGGACGUGACAUACAGUGAUGUGGGAGGUUGCAAAGAACAAAUAGAAAAACUGAGGGAAGUGGUUGAAACACCAUUGUUACAUCCCGAGAAAUUUGUCAAACUCGGUAUCGAGCCACCUAAAGGUGUUCUGUUGUUUGGUCCCCCCGGUACGGGCAAAACGCUCUGCGCCAGGGCCGUCGCCAAUCGAACUGAUGCCUGUUUUAUUAGAGUCAUUGGUUCCGAGCUGGUCCAGAAGUACGUAGGCGAAGGCGCUCGUAUGGUGCGAGAACUGUUUGAAAUGGCGCGCAGCAAAAAGGCUUGUCUCAUCUUCUUUGACGAAAUUGACGCCAUUGGAGGUGCCAGGUUUGACGAUGGCGCUGGUGGGGAUAACGAAGUACAAAGAACUAUGUUGGAGUUGAUUAACCAAUUAGAUGGUUUCGAUCCCCGUGGUAACAUUAAGGUGCUAAUGGCGACGAACCGACCCGACACGCUGGACCCGGCUUUGAUGCGUCCCGGCCGUCUCGACCGCAAAGUGGAGUUCGGACUGCCCGACCUCGAGGGACGAGCGCACAUCUUCCGCAUACACGCGCGCUCAAUGAGCGUCGAGCGCGACAUCCGCUUCGAUCUGCUGGCGCGCCUCUGCCCCAACUCCACGGGCGCGGAGAUCAGGUCUGUGUGCACGGAGGCGGGCAUGUUCGCGAUCCGCGCUCGACGCAAGGUCGCUACUGAGAAAGAUUUCUUGGAGGCCGUCAACAAAGUCAUCAAGUCCUAUGCGAAAUUCUCGGCCACGCCGCGCUACAUGACCUACAAUUAA